CAGUCACCGUUUUGGUCAUUUGCAUCUAUUGUACAGACUAAAAAGAAUGUCAACACAGUUUGGCCUGUCGGGAAAGGGAUGGCAGGGGUAGGGUUGAGAAAAGAUAGAUAACAAAAGAACAAGAAGGCAUACGCUGCAAGCGAGUCCAACAUCAAGAGGAGGAAGCAACGCAGUCAAGUGCGACUUGCUGUUCUUUGCGAGACAGAAGGAGGAGGAGGAGGAAGGGGCGCUUCCUCUUCAGGCUGCUGAUGUAUCCCAGAAGCCCCUGCCCACAGCAGCAGGAGACCUCGAUAUAAAAAGCAGCCGGCUCAGGCUCGGGCAAGUGUUUCUCAGCCGCGGCAUGACCCGGACCGGGAGCCGGAGAAGUUGGACUUAACAAAACAAUGCCAAGCCUAAUUGUCCAAGCACCUGCACAGCACCACUUCAUCAUGGACAGAGAUGACAGGAAGCGCAACAUCGGAAAGAACUUCAUGUGCCGACUCCAGUGCAUGUUCUCGCACUCAUCCGGUUCUGAGAGCAGGCUGACUUUAGAAGAUACCCAGCAAUGGUCCCAGUCUUUGGAACACCUUUUGGAUUCCAAAUACGGAUUAGCGGCGUUUCGCAACUUUUUGAAAUCUGAAUACAGCGAUGAGAAUAUCGAGUUCUGGCUCACCUGCGAGGACUACAAGAAGAUUAAGUCGUCAUUUCGAAUGACGUCCAAAGCCAAGAAAAUUUAUGAACAAUUUAUCAAAGCGGAAUCUCCCAAAGAGAUCAACAUUGAUUAUCACACUCGUGAGCAGAUCAAACGAAGCGUCAAAAGCGCCACCGUGCAUUGUUUCGAUGAUGCUCAGAAGAUGGUUUACGGGCUGAUGGAAAGAGACUCGUACCCGCGGUUCCUGCGCUCGGACAUUUACAGAACUCUACUGGAAAACCUUUCGGCCGACGCCACAAAGGGAUGAAAGCGAAAGCGCGCCAACGGACAUCCAACUCAUGACUGGAAAGCUGGACCCUCUUCAGCAGAGAGGAUUGGUUUUGUCGGAUGGUCAAUAAGACACAAACGGAAAAGGCCAAGAAGUCGUCACCGGGCCUUCCACUUUGGAUUUCCACACUGAGCACUGUGCACCUGUCAAUGUGAAAGGACUCAAGAAAACCUGCCACCACUCCUGAAGAAAAUUAAAAUGACGGGAUGCAACUGAGUUGUUGCGGCUUUUGGCAAACCUAGAAACUCUGAACGACUGACACCUGCUCUGAUCAAUGAGCUGACAACACACAUACACACACGCACGCACGCAAAUACAACAGACCAGACCUCAACCGCCCGUCUUUGCAGAGUUGCUUCCUUUGUGAUAAACGAUAAAGAUUGCAAUGUAAGAAUCACACUAACUUCAAUAUGUGCGUUUUGGAAGAUGGUGAUACUAUGCUAUCAUUAUUUUUCAAGUGUUUAUUCAUUCAUACAUUCAUUGACAAUGGGAGGCAGGCCAUUGUUGCGAUUCACCCAACAUUACAGCUCCGAUGUGGAGUGAAGGCAGCGUGACGCUUCAAAUUUGCCUCAUGAAUCAGUCUUUAAGUGAUAGUGUCUGUUCUACAUUGGGAUGAAAGUAUACUGACUUUUCCUAAAGCCUUUGAGGUCAUCCAACAGUGCCAUCUAGAGGAGUAAAAAAAAAAAAACUGGCUCAUGAUUCAAAGUUGAGGAUUUAUUUCUCCAUCUCGACCCAUUAAGGUUAAGACGUAUUCUUCAAAAGACAUACUCAUAAAUAACUCACGUAUGUCCUUAUUUUGAAGUCCAUCAACAUCUGCCCAGUUUGUCCUUUUGCACUUAUGUAGUUUAAGUCAGACUAUGCAAUUGUUGCACGUCUCCAUUUCUGUGACACUUUAACUGACUUUUGAGUGGCAUCCGAAUGACAGUUUCAUUUUUUUUUUUUUUUUAUGAGUGACUUUCCUCUACGCUGACGACCGGCCAUAAUAGAAGUCGACCGUUCCCUUUUGCAGCACAGAAAUGUCAACGCUUGAUUUUAUGUAUGGACAUUGCAUGUUGCACUCUUGCAAAUCUACACCCAGCUCAAAGCAUGAUGUUGAAAUGCUUACAAUUUAAAAUGUAAAGUAUUUUAGGUAUAAGUUAAACAUGAUGUUAUUUAUUGUUAAUUCACACAAUAACGUAGCGCGUUGCUGUUGUUG